AUGGCAUUGCCGGAUUCAUAUCUACAAACUUUCCAAGAUCAUUACGAGACUUCCUUGAAGAAUAUGCAACCCCUCCAAGUGUUUAUUCUAAACCCAGGAGAUUUGAGGGAUCCACAAAGGCUUGAAACCAUCAAGCAAAUCGUGAAGGAUUACGAGAACGCUACGUAUAGCUACGGUCCUGAAAGCACUUUCUUCUGGCUUCAGUCUUACGAGGACUUCUUAAAUUUCUAUGGCGAAACGGAAGAUUUUACCUACGAAGAAAUGCCUAGAUUCUUCAAAUCUACCACAUACUUCUACCUUUCAUCGUUCGUUAAGUACAACGAAACUGCUUGCUUAGAGAACAGUCCAGCAUGCAUUACGUCAUUCUUCUUUAUGACCAACUUCCACGAGCACAUUAAAUACCAUGAACUGAUCCCAGCGUUGAGAGAAUGGCGCGCAAUUGCUGCCAAAUAUCCUGACUACCAAGUAUACGCCUACUCGGAGCACUCUCCAUUUAUCGACCAGACUCUUGCGAUCGACUCUACCGUUUGGGGAUCGAUGGGAGCUGCUCUGCUAUGCACAGCAAUCGCAUGCUUUAUCUUUAUUCCGAACAUCGCAUGUAUAAUCACCGCCUGCUUGUCAGUGUUGUCGAUUGCAAUCGGCCUCUUGGGAAUGUUGAGUCUUUGGGGUAAGUUCAAGGACAUUCAAAAUUUGUAG